CAGUCGACAUCAGCGCUUCCAUCAAUUCCUCUCUCUCUCGUAUCCUCAGCUUCAAUUCCACUCAAGCACGACAGCAAAUUCAGAAUUAUUUUGAAGAUAUGAGUUCUCCUUUACGACCCAAUAUGUCUUCUGCCAAUCGCGGUCUGACCGGCGGUAGAACUGGUCGCAAACGCUCCAGAGAACCUGAAGAUGACGCGACAGGACUUGCUGCAUCUUCUCCUGCUGGAGACAUUGGUUCUUCACCUCCUAUGUACCCUAUGCAGCAUGGAGGAGACGACGACGACGACGUGGAGGAAGAUGUCGAACUCGACAUUGACGACGCAGACGAGAUGGCUGAAGAUGAAGAUGGAAUCGACCUCUUCGCAAACAACUUUGAACGCGAUUACAAGUCUCGCGAGGACGACAGAUACGAUGACAGAGACAUCGAUGAUGAGGGCGACUAUGGUGAUCUCGAUGUCGCAGAACGACGCAAACUCGAAGCCCGCCUGAAUCGCCGAGAUCGUGAGCUGGCUCGCCAACGAAGAAUGCCUGCAGCCUUCCUUCAAGAUGAAGAUGAUGAAGGAGACCUUGAUCUCACCGCACAACCUCGAAGACGUCGCCAUCACUAUGAUGAGGACGAGGAUGAGGACAUGCAAGACGACAUCAUGGAAGAGGAACUAUCUCUUGAGACCUUAAAUGAUAUCAAAGCAUCUAGUUUGGUCGAAUGGGUAUCUCAACAAGCAGUCCAGAGAACCAUCAAACGAGAAUUUAAGGCUUUCUUGACUGAAUAUACCGACGAAAAUGGUGUCUCGGUGUACGGAAGUCGCAUUCGAACACUUGGAGAAGUCAACGCAGAGUCUCUGGAAGUCUCAUAUGACCAUCUCUCCUCGUCCAAGGCUAUUCUUGCCUAUUUCUUGGCGAAUGCUCCUGGAGAGAUCCUCAAGCUUUUCGACGAAGUUGCUAUGGAAGUCACCCUUCUGCAUUACCCUGAUUACGAGCGGAUCCACUCGGAGAUUCACGUUCGUAUUUCCGACUUGCCUGUCCACUACACUCUUCGUCAGUUGCGUCAAACUCACUUGAACUGCUUGGUUCGAGUAAGUGGUGUUGUGACCCGACGAAGUGGUGUCUUUCCCCAACUGAAAUAUGUCAUGUUUGACUGCAACAAGUGCGGUACUAGACUUGGUCCUUUCCAACAAGAAUCGAAUGUUGAGGUGAAGAUCUCUUAUUGCCAGAAUUGCCAGUCCCGUGGCCCGUUCAAUCUCAAUUCAGAGAAAACAGUUUACCGCAACUAUCAGAAGCUCACCCUACAAGAAUCACCUGGCACAGUUCCCGCUGGUCGCCUUCCCCGCCAUCGCGAGGUCAUCCUCCUUUGGGAUCUUAUUGAUAGAGCUAAGCCUGGAGAGGAGAUCGAGGUCACUGGUGUUUACCGCAACAACUACGAUGCUCAGCUCAAUAACAAGAAUGGUUUCCCAGUCUUCGCCACAAUUCUCGAAGCCAACAACGUGGUCAAAGCUCAUGACCAGCUUGCAGGCUUCAGACUCACCGAAGAAGACGAACAACAAAUCAGAAGUUUGUCUCGCGACCCUCAGAUUGUUGAUAAGAUCAUCAAUUCUAUGGCUCCUAGUAUCUACGGACACACUGAUAUCAAAACUGCUGUUGCACUAUCGCUUUUUGGUGGUGUAGCAAAGGACAGACAAGGCAAGCAUCACAUUCGUGGUGAUAUCAACGUACUUCUUCUUGGAGACCCUGGAACUGCCAAGUCACAAGUCUUAAAGUAUGUUGAAAAGACUGCUCAUCGUGCUGUCUUUGCCACUGGUCAAGGUGCUAGUGCUGUUGGUUUGACUGCAAGUGUCCGUAAAGAUCCGUUGACCAGCGAGUGGACUCUGGAGGGUGGUGCUUUGGUGCUAGCAGACCGGGGAACAUGCCUUAUCGACGAGUUCGACAAGAUGAACGACCAGGAUCGAACCUCCAUCCACGAAGCUAUGGAACAACAAACCAUCUCCAUUUCAAAAGCUGGUAUCGUCACCACUCUUCAGGCGCGUUGUGGUAUCAUUGCCGCGGCCAAUCCUAUCGGAGGUCGAUACAACUCUACCAUUCCUUUCUCUCAGAACGUGGAGCUUACAGAACCUAUUCUCUCACGUUUCGAUAUCCUCUGUGUUGUUCGAGAUACUGUCGACCCUACCGAAGAUGAGCGCCUUGCUCGAUUUGUUGUCGGCUCACAUGGCCGUUCUCAUCCAUCUCAGGCAGGCGAAACUCAAAAUACAAUGGAUGUUGAUCAGGAAGCAGCAGCCGAGCAAAAGAAGGAAGGUGAAAUUCCACAAGAGCUACUUCGAAAGUAUAUCAUGUAUGGACGAGAGCGUUGCAGCCCUAAGCUCUACAACAUCGACGAAGAGAAGGUGUCAAAACUCUUCGCUGAUAUGAGAAGAGAGUCGUUAGCUACUGGUGCCUACCCGAUCACUAUUCGUCAUCUCGAAGCCAUUAUGCGUAUCAGUGAGGCAUUCUGUCGAAUGCGCCUUUCUGAAUAUGUUUCCGCUCAAGAUGUUGAUCGUGCCAUUGCUGUUACAAUCGACUCGUUUGUUGGCAGUCAGAAAAUCAGCUGCAAGAAGGCCCUUGCGCGUGCGUUUGCCAAGUACACGCUGGCUCGACCUGGUGGUGGUAAGAAGGGAGGAGUGUCAAGGAACUUGGAGCGUUCGAAUAGAGCAGCUACGGCAACAAUGGCAUAGACGUGGAUCGUUUGUUGGACUAUGGAGUUAUGGAUACAUACCUUGUUUAUAUGACCUGCUUGCAUUGUACGGUUUGCAAUUGCUACGAUAAUGAAACUACCUGCUUUGUACAUUUUAAAG